CCGCGCGCAGCGUCCUCCCGUAGCACGACCACGGAGUGAAGAGGUCGGGUGUGAUGCCUUCGGCAGACUGAAUAAAUGUUACAGCAAGAUGUUCAGGGAUUCCAACAGGAGAGGGCCUUCACACCGGUCUGUCCUGCCAGAGUGACACCCGGGACAUCUGGUAGAUUCUUUGCUCUAGAAGGGCUACUUCCUUCACCUUUGUUUGGGAUCAGGGGUUCCAGUCAGCGCUCAAAUAAAGCUUUUUGGUUUGCCGCUUCCUAUGAGCUCACGGCUGCUCCAAAAAAUUGAGUUUUGUUGUGUAUACGCUGGGUUCCUUGAGCUGCUUUCAUGUUGCAGUAUCUCAUUUGUUUUUAACCCGAUUAACAACCCCCUUGGUUGUGAGUAGGCAUUAGUAGUGGUUUAAAAAUGAAAAACAGCUUCAGAGGACUUACAAGCUGGAGUGCAACCCAUUUGAUAGCUUCUCAGCGCCUUCGCCUUGAAAUGACAUGCGUGUCUUCCUGAAUUUAAAGGGUGAGGGUGGGCCCUGUGAGCAUAGAGGCUCCUUUACAGCCCAGUUUGCAUAAUUCAAACUCGUCUGAAAUCCUUCAUUGUACUCCUGCGUAAAACCCACCAGUGGGGACGUUUUUUUGAUCCCUCAUUCACCCCCACCGGCACUUAGAAGGGUACCUAGCUUUUAUUUCAGUCACCAAUAUUUUUGUUGAGUUACCUGAACGAACUUCAGUUCCUUCACCUUUAAUACCUGCACCUCUACAGCCCUCUUUUCUACCACACCUCACUCACUAGGGGCACCUUUUGCUCUAGAAAACAAGUAUUCGGUCAUUUUACAGUUUGCUAAUAACUAGCUUUGUAUGCUUACUGUGCGCCUGGCACUGUGUGAGUAGUUCCCAUUAAAAUUCCUCUUUCUACUGUGCAGUUGAGGAAACAAGCACAGAAGAUUCAGUAACUCCAGGGCAUACAAUUGGUAAAUGACAGAUGGAGUUUGAAUUCAGGCCCAUUCAUUUGAGGGUUAGGAGAUGUUACCUUGCUGCUUUAAAUACUAUGCUCACUUAAAAUUCUGUGCAUUUCCAAAGUACUGGGGCUUCCCAACUCCAGUAUUCAGCUCCACUCAAACCUUUUUUGGAAGGUCUUCCUGGGACCAUGCUGUUUCUAAUUAGCACACUUAAGUUGUGCCUGUGCUUUCAUUAAAAUCUUGCAAUAUCUUAACUGCACUGAACUGUGGCCUGCAAGACCCCAAAGACCUGGUUCCGGCAGGGCUCUGUGGCCCAGCCAGAGAUUUUAGUUCUAACUUCAGUACCCCCGCCCCUGCCGUUCUCUCCUUAUCUAGACCAGCCACCUGUGGCCUAGGCCCUCCUACCCUCAUUACUCUCGUCACCAACAGAAAAUAAUGGCUGUUGCCUCUCUCCUUAGUAGCUAUAGCCUCAGCCUGCAGUAUAUGCCCCCUAACUACUCAAACCCUGGGAAAAGGCUCGUGGGGUCUAUGAAGUGUUUAUCACAUGGUAUUGCAACUUUUAUUACCCAUCCAUUGUGGGAGCUGUCAUUUCUGUAACAGCGGUGCUGAGUAAUCCCCAUGUAUUUCCAGCAUGAGUGGUGACAUGCCAAAAAAUUCUUUUCAGGUUCUGCAUCUCCAAUAUGGAAUGUACAUUUGGCCUUGUGCCGUGGUCCUGGCUCAGUACCUGUGGUUUCACAGAAGAUCUCUGCGGGGCAAGGCUGUCUUGGAGAUUGGAGCUGGAGUGAGCCUUCCAGGAAUUGUUGCUGCAAAAUGUGGUGCUGAAGUAACACUGUCAGACAGUUCGGAGCUGCCUCACUGCCUAGCCAUCUGCCGGCUGAGUUGCCAAAUGAACAACCUGCCACAGGUGCGUGUUGUAGGAAUAACAUGGGGCCACGUAUGUCGGGAACUUCUGGCUCUUCCACCACAAGAUAUUAUUCUUGCAUCUGAUGUCUUCUUUGAACCAGAAGACUUUGAAGACAUUUUAACGACAAUAUACUUUUUGAUGCAAAAGAACCCUAAAGUCCAGUUGUGGUCUACUUACCAAGUAAGAAGUGCUGACUGGUCACUUGAAGCUUUGCUUUACAAAUGGGAUAUGAAAUGUGUCCACAUUCCUCUGGAAUCUUUUGAUGCAGACAAGGAAGAUAUAGCAGAAUCUGCCCUUCCAGGAAGACAUACUGUUGAAAUGUUGGUCAUUUCCUUUGCAAAAAGGACAGUCUCUGAAUCAUACCUAUGAGCCGUUUGGGGACAUUAAUACUGAAUAGCAACCUGGCAUGUAAACUAAAAUUUCAGGUCUUUGCAGUGUUUGAAGAUGAUCAGAUCUGUUGGCCUUAAGAUUGUGAUGGGUUACAGAGCCAUGAACACAAAAUUAAAAUAACUCAAAGAAAAAGAAUUUGGAUUG